GAGCCCAAUGUUGAUGCACUGUUGCCCAAUACGCCGGUAGGGUGGCUUCUUCCUCUACUUGGACAUGUACAAUUAGAGCUGGCCCGGUCGAUGCGACAUUCUCUGCUGUGCGAACUGCAGGAGGAUUAAAUGGACACACGAGCAGUGUUGUGUAUUGUCUCUGUGGCUCUGACAGGUUUAACCGCAGGAUCCGGCGUGUUGCCCGACGGGCCUCUGAACGCAGCCGUGGGAGGCUCGGUGAGGUUCGACGCGGACGUGUCUCCCACGCAGACGCCGUUCCACACGGUGAGCUGGACAUUUAUCAGCGGCGGUAAAGACACGCCCGUGAUAACGGCCACGUCUAAAAACAAAACGAGCCCCGAGUAUGAAGGCAGGAUCACCCUCUUCAUCGAGACGGGCUCUCUGGAGCUCAGAAAUCUGGCUCUCAAUGACAGCGGCGAAUAUCGACUUCUCAUUGUCACAGAGGACGGCAACCCAAUCACAGGGACCACCACGCUGCAGACGCUUGUUCCAGUCUCCAAAGUCAACUUAACAACCAGCAGCGAAGACCUGGUGGAGUUCAACAACACCGUCCGUCUGUCCUGCUCUUCGUUCGGAUCGUCCAUCUCCUUCCAUUGGAUGAACGGCAGCGCAGAGAUCUUGCCCGGCGACAGAGUUCAGCUCAGCGACAAAGGCGCCACGCUCACCGUCGACCCCGUGACCCGCUAUGACCAGAGGUCGUUCCGAUGUCACGUGACCAACGCUGUCAGUGCAAGCUCCAGCGAUUCAGUGACCCUUUCCGUUAGCUACGGCCCGGACGACACACAGCUGGUUAUAUCGCCGCAGCAAGAUUACAUCGCAGAAGGGACGGACGUCUUCCUUUCCUGCUCGGCCGACUCCAGGCCGGCCGCCAUCUUUACUUGGUUGUUGGACGGGAAGGAUCUGUCGAUCUUGGCAUCGAAUCACUCGCUGAUAAACAUUCAGCAGAAUCAGAGUGGAAACUACAGCUGCCGGUCCUUUAACGCCAAAACUCUGAGACGCAAAAACUCUCGGCAAUGGCCGAUUAAUGUGCUAAAGAGAAUUUCCAGCACCUCUGUCACGUUGUCGACGGAUCACCCGAUUGAGGGGGCGGCGCUGGAUGUUACCUGCGACGGCGUCGGGUCGGUCUUCUUCAGACGGUGGACGAAGGACGGCUCAACAUUGGUCCCGGAUGAGCGCGUGACGCUCCACGACGAGAACCGGACACUGUCCUUCCGCGCCGCCGCGAGAUCGGACAGCGCUGCGUAUUCCUGUCAGAUAAGCAACCCCAUCAAUGAGGAACAAGUCGCAUUCAACGUCCUGGUCAACUUUGGCCCGGACCCAGUCCGAAUCAAGGGACCGAGCCAAAUUCAGGUGAAGCAGACUUUGACUUUAACUUGCUCCGCCGCGUCCGUCCCAUCUGCCACGUACACGUGGACGCGACUGAACCACACGGCGGCGCUACAUAACCAAUCAACGUUGGUCAUAAGCAACGUGGACUUUGCUGACAGCGGAAGCUACGUCUGUAGCACCACGAACGAUAUUACCGGGAAAAGCUCGUCGGCGGUACACAGUUUGACUGUGACAGAUGUGUCCGCGUGUUCGGCCGGUUGUAUCGCUGGCAUCGUGGUGGCUUGUUUCGUCAUCUGCGCGCUAGCCGCUGGCGGCGGAUUCGCCUUUUAUCGUCAUCGGAACAGGAACAAGCCAAUGAAUUGCCCCGACGGAAACGCCUCCAACGGGACAGGACGAAAAGGCCAGGACAACACAAAAGAAACAAAAACUCAGGAGCUGACCUAUGCAGACUUGAGUAUUCUCCGCGCAAAGAACGGCGGGGAAGUCAAGCUGCAGCACCGGGAUAAUGAGACAGAGUACGCCGAGGUCCGAGUGAACAACGUGCCUCCUUCCUACGACGCGCACGUGCAGCGGAUGAAGAGGCGAGCCCCUCAGCCGCUCGAAGCCUACGGAGGCCAAGUCGGCCAACGGGUUCACAGCAACGAGUGGUCGCGUCGCGGAAGUGGAGACCACCCGACGGUGUGACAGGCGGUCACAACUCUUUAACUCAUUCAGUCCCGGCCGAUUCUAGACCAAGUCUGAAAAGACGUUUAAGAACGUCUUUGGGAGUGAAUGAGUUAAUGGCGCGCUAACGACGGAUAGUGUUUGCGGUCAAUGUGUGUGCGCGUUAAUCAUUGAUCUGUUGACUAAGAGUCACAAAAGCACAGCGGUGCUCGAUUAGAUCCAUCGACUUGAUUGGAUUCAUCAACACACAGUGGGCUGAGUACGGACUGCAGGCAGUCUUGCCAUGCAACACUUUGUAGAAUUUAUUUCACUCAAAGUAAUAAACACUUUCACAUGCAUAGUACAUUUAACAUGGAUUGAUGUACCGGUAAUCCAAUUUCGGAAGUGCAGAACUGCUAUUGUGCAGUAUUUUUUUCUUU